CGCCGGGUCGCUUAGGGUUCUUGGCAACGACGACCGAAUGUCUUGACAACUUCCUCUUACGGCAGCUGCAUAUCGAGUGCUCAUUAGGCGGACAUGUACGACGAGGGCUACAUAAACCGCUGCACCGCAGGGGGGAUUUGCGUGCUCUAACGCUCCUCUUGUCUCACACGUCGUGUUGUUUCUCACGAUGCGUUCGUUCGCGGUCAUUGCUGCGGUUCUGCCGCUGCUCCAGGCCAUUGAGCCUCCAAGGCAGCCUCAUCAACCACUUGGAAGCAGCAAUUCCACCCUCCGUCUCAACUACAACAUCACCACUGACGCGCCUGGGCGAUUGGCUGCUUCGACCAGGGCCUUCAGCUGGGUCAACACAGGUGCAGAUGGUGACUACAUCUACACCGGCGCUGAUGGCUCGUUCCUGUUCGAGAAUGUUGCUACUGGCGAAUCUUCAACUUUCUUGUCUGCCGACAAGGUUCCGGCUGAUUACCAUGAUUACUUCAUCUCUGGUGAUGCCAGCCACAUUCUGUGGGCCGUGAACUACACCAAGGAGUACAGGCACUCAUACUACGCCGACUACCUUGUUCAGAAUGCCGAGACUGGGGAGACCAUCUCGCUCGACCCUGAGUCGAACGGCACCAUUCAAUACGCCGAGUGGAGCCCUGUUUCAUCGUCUCAGAUUGCUUUCGUCAAGGGCAACAACCUCUACAUCUGGAACGAUGGCAACAUCACCCAGAUCACCGAAAACGGUGGCCCAGACUGGUUUAAUGCUGUGCCUGACUGGGUUUACGAAGAGGAGAUUUUUGCUGACCGCUAUGCUCUGUGGUACAGCCCUGAUGGCGAGAAGAUCGCCUUCUUGAGCUUCAACGAGACUGGUGUCGGUACUUUCCGUAUUCCCUACUACAUGGACGAUGCCGAGGUUGCCCCAGUCUACGCUCGUGAGCUGGAGCUGCGUUAUCCCAAGGUCGGCACUAAGAACCCCACUGUUGGCUUCAACCUGCUCGAUGUAGCAUCUGGCAAAGUUGAGGCCGUGACUAUCAACGCCUUCCCUGAAGAUGAUCUCGUCAUUGGAGAAGUCAACUGGCUCACUGACGCACACAGCAAGGUCAUCUACCGUGCUUUCAACCGUGUGCAAGAUCUCGAGAAGUACGUUGUUGUGGACGUCGAUGCGGGCACAUCCUCCGUCAUCCGUGAGCGUGACGGUACCGACGGCUGGCUCGAGAAUUUGAUUGCCACUCGUUACCUCGGUGUUAUUCAGACCGCCAAUGCUACUUAUGGCAACGGUACAGAGUAUUAUCUCGACCUUUCGGACGAGAGCGGCUGGAACCACAUCUACCUCUUCCCCGUCAGCGGUGGCGAGCCCAUCGCUUUGACCUCUGGUGAGUUCGAGGUUCUCGCUAUCUUGAAGAUUGACGCCAAGCGUGGUCUUGUCUACUACACUUCCACCGAGCACCACAGCACGGAGUCACACGUCUACUCUGUCAACUUCAGGACUGGCGAGAAGAAGGCGCUUGUCGACGACAGCGUUUCAGCUUUUUGGACCGCAUCCUUCUCCUCAAGCGGCUCCUACUACGUCCUCCGCUAUGCUGGGCCCGACGUUCCUUACCAGGAGCUCUACUCGAUCAAUUCGACCGAGCCACUCCGCACCAUCGUCGACAACAAGGCGCUGUACGGCAAUCUCACAACCUACAACUUGCCCAACGUUACCUACCUGGACCUUGAGCACCCCUCUGGAUUCACUCUCGAUGCUAUGCUUCGUCUGCCUCCCAACUUCGACCCCAGCAAGAAAUACCCUCUCAUCCUGAUCCCUUACGGAGGCCCCAACGCCAAGGAGGUGCACAAGCAGUUCAGCGCUCUCAACUGGAAGGCCUACAUUGCCUCCGACCCUGAGCUGGAGUACAUCACCCUGACUGUUGACAACCGCGGUACCGGACGUAAGGGCCGCGAGUUCCGUUCCACUGUGACCAAGAACCUUGGAGACAUCGAAGCUCAAGACCAGAUCUGGGCUGCCAAAGAACUCGCAAAGAACUCAUGGGUCGACAGUGAGCACAUCGGUAUCUUCGGCUGGUCAUACGGCGGCUACCUUUCCUCCAAGGUCGUUGAAGUCGGCGACGAUAUCAUCUCCUUCGCGCUCAUCACCGCCCCAGUCAGCGACUGGCGUUUCUACGACUCCAUCUAUACCGAGCGCUACAUGAAGCUGCCCGAAGACAACGUCGAUGGGUACAACAAGUCCCGCGUGCACGACGCCACUGGUUUCAAGAACAUUGCUGGUGGCGUUGUCAUUCAGCACGGUACUGGUGACGAUAACGUGCACUUCCAGAACUCGGCUGCUCUUGUUGAUCUGCUGAUGGGUGCUCGUGUUACGCCCGAGAAGAUGCAGAACACGUUCUUCACGGAUAGCGAUCACAGCAUUGUGUACAACAAUGGUGGCAAGUUCUUGUACAGGCAGUUGACGAAGAAAAUCUAUGAGGAGAAGCAUAGGGAGGGUGAUUCGAAGGGUAGUCAUCAGUGGAGCAGGAGGAGUCUGCAGAAGAGGUGGGUUGCAUGAGUACGGCCUGCUUGGUAGCUAGAGCAUGACAAGGUCGAUUUGAUAAUGGACGUGAUAAUCUUCGUUGUUUCCCUCAUUGUGUCUAAAUGCGUCCACGUUAAGGUGGCAUAAAACCACUCUCCGGAUGCUUCGUCUAGCGGUAAGACACCCACUCAAAACGGACAGGAAUAGUAGGGCUCGGAGGCACCUCGUGGCACGGCCAUGGUGGCCUCGACCAGCUGCCUAUUGCCUCGUCAAGCGGGAAACCUGUGUCCGAAUCACAGAGCAUCCAGUCUUCUUGAUCAUUGUAC